AUUGUGUGAUUCGAGUUCGAACAACAUCAGGCUUAGCGUUUCUACUUAUAAAACGCUGCAUAUUUUGUAAACUCUCUCGCACUAGAUGACUGAGUCAUGAAACCGAUAUUGGCUAUUUCGCGAUGUUAAACUUCCUUUCCACCUGUGGCUAGUGAAGAUAUAGGACGUACUGUUAAUUGGACAUGUUUAAAUUUUAAUAUAUUCUAAUCAUUCACAAAGACUAUGAAGCCAUCUGCUUUUAAAUUGCUUUUCUGUAUUUUCUUGGCAUCUGUGUACGGACAUGAAAGUUACAAUCAACCGAUAGUCGAAUUCUACGUCGUCGACGACAUACAAUACGUAUUUUUUUCGCAACGGGUCACUUGGGAUGAAGCUAACAUGCUGUGCACAACUUCUAAUGCGAGGCUUGCUGUAUUGGACAACCUUGAUAAAGCAGCCGCUGUUGCUAAGGCCAUGUCUGAAUCAAAUAUAGUUAUGGAAGAUGCUUGGUUGGGUGGACGAAGAUCAAGUUCUGGCUGGGUUUGGAUAGAAAACAACAAUAUCACAUCCAAAAAACACAGUAUUCCCCUAAAAUCAAGCGUAGACGAUUUUCCACCCUGGUCACAGGAGCCUACGAGACCAUCAAAAGAAUGCCUAGCAAUCGAUAGAAGAUUGCACUCGCAUCCGAAUUUCGUUGACUUGGAUUGCAGACUAUUGAGACCCUACAUAUGUGAAAAAAAAGCCGACGAUGCGAUGAACUCUCCCGUACCAUCAAAGUGGGCUCAGGUGCAAAAGAACACGUACACGCUUUAUCACGGGAGGGUAACUUGGACGGAAGCCGUUACCUUUUGUCGUUCAAAGGGCACAAGACUGGCGGUGAUAAAAGAUAAAAACGUCAUAAAUGUCUUAACGAACAGCAUGACGAAAUCUCGACCAGAUUUCGAAAGUGUAUGGAUCGGCGCCCGAUUUUCCUACGGACAGUGGACGUGGUUAUCAACAGGAUCGACUUUGAAUCCACUAAGCGACAGCACUGGAUAUCCGCCGUGGCGUUUUGGGAAAUCUGAAAAAAAUUAUGGGUGUCUAUUACUCGACAGGCAUUUGGACAACAGAACGAAUUUCAUAGAGUUGGCGUGUGACCGAAAAAGAGAUUUCGUGUGCGAGGAGUAUCCACCUGAGGAGUUGGAGGAAUGGAUGAACGAGCCUACGCAGUUUUCCUACGGAAACUCAACCUUCAUUAUUUAUCCCUUUGACAAAACGUGGGACGAAAGCCGGCAAUAUUGUUAUGACAGAGGAAGUAUCUUGGCACACAUUCACGACGCACAAUUAGCAAACUUGAUGGUAGCAGCUAUGGGCGAUCAUCCAAAAGCAAUAUCGCACAUAUGGCUGGGUGGACUGUACCAUUCGAAUAGAAGUGAAUGGAAGUGGAUUCACAACAACGAAAUCAUUCCGUUGAACGCAGAAAUCGACUUUCCUUCUUGGGCUCACAGUAUCGUCGAGGAAGAUUAUGAUUCCGAAGAAUCGUUGUGCUUGAAUUUAGACAGAAGCGACCACACUAAACCACAUUUUUACGGCUUGGAGUGCGAAAACAAACAACCUUUUGCCUGUAUUAUAAAUUGUGAGGAACCACCUGCAGUGAGAAAUGGUACCUGGACUUGCAUCGAUCAAAAUGACGUAAAAGCUUGCUCCCUUGAAUGCAAACCAAGCUUUUUAACAAUGGGCUACGAGAAGGUUUACUGCGGAAUUCAUUCUGGAUGGUAUAACACACCGAAUUGGCUGGAAUUCCCACUGUGUUUGGGUACGCAUAACUAUUUGGAAAGGAUGAUAAGGUCACUAAGCCAAGAUUUGCAGAAGAGUUCAGGGUAUUAUUUACUCUUAUCACACGAAAAUGAUAAAGUACGGCGCUUCUCUUUAGAAUUUGCAAAGAGAUUGUUAAAUAUUUUUCCACUCAGCAACCAUUUGAAAAUGGGAAUGACAAACUUGAACGUCGAUCCAAAAUACAGUAUUCUACACAAUCAGAACGAUUCGUGCGAGGUUAUGCAAUUUUUGGAUAACUUAGUUGAUAAGAAUUCAAGAAAGGAAAGUAACAUGCCAGAAAGGUUUGAAAAUUGGUCUCGCACUAUUUUAAAAAAUAGUAGAGACAGAAUCGUUAUAAUCGCGAUUAUCGAUCAUAUUGCCAGCCUGUAUAGCCAAAAAACUUUCGAUCUGUUAAAAUCAAAAGGCCAUUAUGUCGUGACAAUAGGUUUGAAAAACGAUUGGCAUAGCUUGUUACCUACUACGACUAUUGGAUUUGAUCAACGACGGAAUCUUUAUUUAUUUAAGGAAGACGAAUUAGAAACGAUCAACGCUGGACUUACAAAUAUAUACAGCAGGUCUACUAAUUGUGUACGAACUAAAAACAAGUUACAGCAUUCUAUGGAAGUUACAACGUCAAAACCAAUCACAGGGAAAGAAUUGAUAUCUACGGAAACCGAAUCAAUAACGACUAGUACAACAGAAAUAAGUACAUCAGAAACACUAGCGAAUUCUGAUACAACUGAUUCAAAUAAUAACUCUGAAAUUACGGAAAUCGAGACCGCCGAUGAAGAAGAGAAAAAUCCAGAAACAAGUACAGAAAGCGAAAAGAAACCGCCUGCAAGUGAUGACAUUUAUAGACGAAUAUAUAUGGACCGAUCAAAACAUAAAAAUCCUGAAAGCAAACCCCAAGAAUCUCUCGAUAACGUUGAAGAAAAUACAUCUUCUGGAGAUCUUGAAGAAUAACUAGAAAAAUAUAGUUUCCAACUCAGUAAUUUUAGGGGAAAAAAGAAAUGAAAACUUUUCCUAUAUAUCUACUUGCAAUACGAGCAUCUUUCAAGGUUCUGCGAAUUUGAAAUCUGCACAUACAUUUGAUGUACAACACCAAAUUGUUUUAUUUAAAACUAUUAUCCUAUACUUUCAUUUAUUGAUUUUUUUACAGCGCGAUAAAUAAGUAUAAAAAUGUAUAAAAUGCUUAGUGAUGUUAUAUCAAUUUUAUGUUACACAUUCUUGAUAUAUAAAUCGCUAAUGUUAAUUAAAGCUUAUCCUUAGUACAAUACCAUAAAAACGUUUGCUUACAAUUAAAUUUACAUUCAUUACAGAAUACUUAAUUUUAAAAUAUUAA